CCAAACGCCCCGAGGGCACAGCGUUUCAUAGGAUAGAAUUUUCCCUCCAAAUCGAGAAAGGGAGGGAAUCUGGGAUUUGGGCGGUGGCGGGUCUCUCUCGUUCAGAGUGGUGUCUGCGAUUGAUUAUUGUCUUCGAUCUCGACAAAAUUCUGAAUCCCCCAUUUCCUUGUCUGGCAGCAAUGGCGUCGUGUUCAUUGCCGAGCGGCUACGACAUCCCCUGGGUGGAGAAGUACAGGCCCACCAACGUCAUCGACAUCGUCGGCAACGAAGACGCCGUCUCUCGGCUUCAGGUCAUCGCUCGUGACGGCAAUAUGCCCAACCUUAUACUUUCCGGUCCUCCGGGAACUGGUAAAACAACUAGUAUUUUGGCUCUUGCACAUGAGCUACUGGGGCCAAAUUAUAGAGAGGGUGUUCUAGAGCUAAAUGCUUCAGACGAUAGGGGUAUCGAUGUUGUGAGGAAUAAAAUUAAAAUGUUCGCUCAAAAGAAAGUGACACUGCCGCCCGGGCGGCACAAGAUAGUUAUACUGGAUGAAGCGGACAGCAUGACAUCUGGAGCACAACAAGCUUUGAGGAGGACAAUGGAAAUAUAUUCAAACUCCACCCGUUUUGCUCUGGCGUGCAAUACGUCUUCCAAAAUUAUUGAACCGAUUCAGAGUAGAUGUGCCCUUGUUCGAUUUUCAAGAUUAUCCGAUCAAGAGAUACUUGUUCGCUUGAUGGUGGUUGUUGAUGCCGAAAAGGUUCCUUAUGUUCCGGAAGGUCUUGAAGCCAUUAUUUUCACUGCUGAUGGUGACAUGAGGCAGGCACUGAACAACUUGCAAGCCACAUACAGUGGUUUUCGGUUUCUCAACCAAGAAAAUGUUUUCAAGGUAUGUGACCAGCCUCACCCGUUGCACGUGAAGAACAUGGUACGUCAUGUACUUGAAGGGAAAUUCGAUGAUGCCUGUUCUGGUCUCAAGCAGCUGUAUGAUUUGGGCUAUUCCCCCACUGACAUAAUCACAACCUUUUUCCGUAUCAUUAAGAAUUAUGACAUGGCUGAGUAUUUGAAAUUGCAAUUCAUGAAGGAAACUGGGUUUGCUCAUAUGAGGAUCUGCGACGGAGUUGGUUCGUAUCUUCAGUUAUGUGGUCUUCUGGCUAAGCUUUCUCUAGUUCGCGAAACCGCUAAAGCGCCUUAAAGGAGGUGAGGUAGUACAACUACAAGCAGAAAGAUCUUAUCUAUUGAUGGUAUAGGGUUCAUGUACACAUCUUCAGAUGGUUUGUUUGUCCUUAUCAGAAAAUCUUCCAACAUUUACCAUUUUUGACGUUAAUUUGUCUCCAGUAGUGAAACUGUUUUACUGGUAGAAGUUCAGGCAUGAGUUCUUCUCUUUUUCCUUCACAGCCACGAGAAUUUCAUUUACUUUACUAGUGCUUGCCAAGCCAUCACUAAUUUUAGAACGUGAUCAAUAAAAACGAGUCU